UUCAAGUGUUGCACCAAACACAGUAUCAAGAACUAAUUGAAAGUUGAACACCAAAAACAACAACAACGACUGGAUUAACGGGAAAUUGUUGCUGGAUAUUAUGUAGAACUCUCAACGGAAGCGAACCACAGCAUCUUGGGACUGAGAGCAGGACGCCAAACUGAAACUGGAAACUGAAGCGGCAACUGUGUGAAGAACGUUUGCCAACUGUCAUUGUCUUCUGGCAUUGGGCAACAUUUUAAUUGAAAAACUUUUUGGGCCAAAGCAAACGUCACACAAAAAUGACUGUUAAAUUGGCCAAACUCUUUGGCAGCGGCAGCAGCAGCAAAUCCAACAGCAACAGCGCCAGCAAUGUGCCCAAUAUUGUUCCUGCUCAUAGCCAUGCCCACAAUUUACAACAGCCAGUGCCGCCAUUGCCGCCGCCCAAUGCCAAUAUGAAGAUCAUUAAAUACUGCGAUCAUCAUGAUCAUCAUCAGCCUGCGGCUAGAACCAUUUAUGGUAAUGCCUACGAAUGCAAUCAAAUGGAGCUGGAGCUUGAGGAUGAUUAUGAUGAUAACAUGUCGUUAAGCUCGGCAUAUAUGCAGCGCAAUCAUCCCUAUAACAACUCACAGCGCCCACUGCUCGGCGAGCGUCGUCCCCAGCUGCUGCUGGUCGGUGGCAAAAAGAAGCCGCCAGCAACAGCGCCGAUGGGUGGCAUACCGCUGCCAGCGCCACCAUUGCCACCGCAGCGCAGUGCCAGUGCCACUGGCAAUGUCAACGCCACCAUCAACGUGACCGCUGCCGCCAACGCCAAUGCCGGCGUUUACGUCUCGCCGUAUGUGCAGCAACAGAAACGGGACAGCGUUAAGGGACUGCACGGCUUUAACGAUUUCGAUGCGCUCUCCCAGCAAUACAACCAGCAUCUGCAGAGUCCGCACAUUGGUUAUCCGUAUGGCAGUCCGCCUUCGCCGACAGCGCAAUCGAGUGACUUUUGCUUCGAUAGACAGCGCGAGCAAGAGCAAUCCUUUAAAGCCAUCUCAACCACCAGCUCGACGGCCACAACUAAAUCGAAUUGUAGCUCCAGUUCGGCUGCAAACGGCUCACCACCGCCGCCGCCGCGCUAUGGCAAUGUUGGUUAUCAGGAUGCUGGCCAUUAUCUGGACCAAACUCAGACACAAUUGCUGUCACACGCCUCACGUUUCGAGGAUGAUUUCUGUACGCGUCGCAAUGUGGAUUUUGUGGCUGGCAAUGCGACUGGCACUGGAACUGGAACUGGAACAGGAAUUGGCAGUGGAACAGGUCCCUUCAUCUUUGGCAUCUCACACGAGCAACAGCAAACGGAUUAUGGUUGCCGCCGACGUUGCAGCAUCGACAGCGCCAAUAGCAGCACCACCAAAACCAACAGCGACAACAACAAUCUCAAUCAGCCUGUGAUAAAUGCCAAGCCCGUUAAGGAGCACAAUGCACUGCAACAAUCGCUGAGCGAUACGAGUGCGGACAGCGGCAAAGGUGCAAAGUUUUUAUUGCGAAAACGCAAAUCGAAGAAGACAACGGAAAGUACAAUAACAGCAGGAGGAGGUGGAGGCGGCGUCGCAGCUGCAGUUGCAGUUGCAGCCGCCGCGAAUGGCGAGCACAAAGCUAAACGUGGCACACAGCCGUCCAUAAAAUGCGUUCUGGUUGGCGAUGGCGCUGUUGGCAAAACCAAUUUGAUCUUGUCAUAUCUGGAGAAUCGAUUCAAUCCGGAGCAUGUGCCGACGGCAUCAGAUAUUUAUAACGCCGAAGUCAAUGUGAACGAGAGUCCAGUCCAUUUGACACUCUGUGAUACCGCCGGCCAGGAUACGUUGGAUCCUUUAAGGGAACUGUGCUAUCCGGACAGCGACGUCUUUCUGCUGUGCUUCUCGGUGGUCAAGCCCGAAACAUUUGGGGCCAUCAAAUCGAAAUGGGCGCCCAAAUUUGCCAAAACAAAGGCGGCCCUCAUAUUGGUUGGGACCCAAGCUGACUUGAGGAGCAAUUUGAACGUGUUGAACAAAUUGCAGACAAAUGGCGAGAAACCAAUUUCAUAUGCAGACGCCUGGGAUUUGGCAACAACAAUUGGCGCCAAAUACAUUGAGACUUCCUCAGCCACACAGGAUAAAGUCAAAGACGUGUUUGAUACAGCCAUUUGGGAGGGUUUGGUGCCCACCACGUUGCCGCCCACACCCUCGUUCUGGAAGAAGCUCUUUUGCCUGGCCUGAAGAAGCUGCGCCAAAUACAAAUUUGCAACUCGAAAAGAAAAGGACACUCAACAAAAAUAAUUACUUACUUUUUUUUUUAAAUAUAUUUUAUAGCUAGUUUCUGCGCAUAUUUAUAUUUGUAGUUCAGGGCUACCUAAUUAUACACAUUAUUGAGAACUUUUUAAUAUAACAGAUAUACAUAUAUUUUUUUAUAAAUAUAUUUGUUCGACAGUGCUGUCAAAUUUCUUUGCACGCGCACUCACUGACUGAUCUAAUGAUAAAUAUAAAUAAAAUAAAGAGAUAUGUUAAAUUUA